GCCUCCCACCAGGACACUUCCGGUUGUGCUCUGCGCUCCUUACCGCCAAAGCUCCGGCUCUGGCGCCUAGCCCCGGCGUCUGCCGAUCACUUCCGGGUGAUGCUCCACUGCCGCGAGCCGCGAUUGGGCUACCGUAGACGGGGUACUUCCGGUGUCCAGGUGCUGGGUUCUUUGGUAGGAGGAGGAAGAUGGAGCGCAGCACCGCGGCCCGAGCUUGGGCCCUCUUUGGGUUGCUGCUGCCCUUGCUUGGCGCGGUUUGCGCCAGCGGACCCCGCACCUUAGUGCUGCUGGACAACCUCAACGUGCGGGAGACUCAUUCGCUUUUCUUCCGGAGCCUGAAGGACCGGGGCUUUGAGCUCACAUUCAAGACCGCUGAUGACCCCAGCUUGUCUCUCAUAAAGUAUGGAGAAUUCCUCUAUGACAAUCUCAUCAUUUUCUCCCCCUCGGUAGAAGAUUUUGGAGGCAACAUCAAUGUGGAGACCAUCAGUGCCUUUAUUGACGGUGGAGGCAGUGUGCUGGUAGCUGCCAGCUCAGACAUUGGUGACCCUCUUCGAGAGCUGGGCAGUGAGUGCGGGAUCGAGUUUGAUGAGGAGAAAACGGCUGUCAUUGACCAUCACAACUAUGACAUCUCAGACCUUGGCCAGCAUACGCUAAUUGUGGCUGACACUGAGAACCUGCUGAAGGCCCCAACCAUCGUUGGGAAAUCAUCUCUAAAUCCCAUCCUCUUUCGAGGUGUUGGGAUGGUGGCUGAUCCUGAUAACCCUUUGGUGUUGGACAUCCUGACGGGCUCUUCCACCUCUUACUCCUUCUUCCCAGAUAAGCCUAUCACUCAGUAUCCACAUGCGGUGGGGAAGAACACCCUCCUCAUUGCUGGGCUCCAGGCCAGGAACAAUGCCCGUGUCAUCUUCAGCGGCUCCCUCGACUUCUUCAGCGACUCCUUCUUCAACUCAGCAGUGCAGAAGGCAGCACCUGGCUCCCAGAGGUAUUCCCAGACAGGCAACUAUGAGCUAGCUGUGGCCCUCUCCCGCUGGGUGUUCAAGGAGGAGGGUGUUCUCCGUGUGGGGCCUGUGUCCCAUCACCGGGUGGGCGAGACAGCCCCACCCAAUGCCUACACUGUCACUGACCUAGUGGAGUACAGCAUCGUGAUCCAGCAGCUCUCAAAUGGGAAAUGGGUCCCCUUUGAUGGCGAUGACAUUCAGCUGGAGUUUGUCCGCAUCGAUCCUUUUGUGAGGACCUUCCUGAAGAAGAAAGGUGGCAAAUACAGCGUUCAGUUCAAGUUGCCCGAUGUGUAUGGUGUAUUCCAGUUUAAAGUGGAUUACAACCGGCUAGGCUACACACACCUGUACUCUUCCACUCAGGUAUCCGUGCGGCCACUCCAGCACACACAGUAUGAGCGCUUCAUCCCCUCGGCCUACCCCUACUACACCAGUGCCUUCUCCAUGAUGCUGGGGCUCUUCAUCUUCAGCAUCGUCUUCUUGCACAUGAAGGAGAAGGAGAAGUCUGACUGAGGGGCCAGAGCCCUGGGACUCUGCACAGUGUGGAGACGGGGCGGGGCGGGGGUUAUUAGGAUUGGUGGUUUUAUUUUGCUUUGUUUAAAGCCAUGGGAGAAUGGCACAACUUUACCUCUGCGGGAGAUGUAACACUGAGAGCCAAGGGGUGGGAGUCGGGAUAAUUUCUAUGUAAGUUUUUCCACUUCGAAUUGC